AUGGUGGACCCGUCUGAGACUGAGGAGCAGACCGCCAAGUCCAUCGCUCCGCAAUUGGGCGCCUCCGCCGUGGUCGCCGGAGAUCAACGCUUGCCUGAUCAGGCUGAUGGCGCCAUCACGGAGGAGGAAGGCGACGUCGGGGACUUCAAGACUCCGCCCACCGGAAGCUCUGAGCCGAGCCCCUGCCACACCUCGUCUCCGGCGGUUCCCUCGCCGCCGCCGCCUCCGCCCCCUCCGGAACCCGAUGGUGACCUGUCACCCAAACUGCACCUGGAUUUGUACAACUUCGAUUCCCCGGCGGCCGAGGGUAGCCGCUACGUGUUGACGAGCCCGCGCUCGCUGGAGGCUUGCGCCCGCUGCGGCGUCAAGCCGGUGGAGCUUCUGUCCCGCCCGCUCUCCGACUUUGCCCGCGAGGCGCCCGGUCGCUCCAUGCGGGUGGCGACGGGUCUAUUUGAGGUCUACGAGCGGGAUCGCCACACCAAGCUGCGCCACUGCAGGGAAGAGCGGGAGCGGAUCGUCAGGGAGGAGAAGCGGCGGGUGAUGCAGGCGGCGGUGAACUGUUCUGCGUCGGACCAGAACAAAGUCACCACUCCUACACAUGAGACCGCCAGCUCAGCUACUGAUUCAGUUUCAGCUUCUAAAUCAGGACCACCGCUCCAAUCAAAACCAAGCAAAGCAAGUUCCACAGGUUCCAAGCAGUCCCCCGGGAAAAGCCCGCGACCGAAGUCAGUUGGGCCUCCACCGGUAGCUCACAGGAGUUCUGGGGGCAGACCUUCCAGUACGUACCCCAGAAUGACCCCAAAAGCUCCCGCCUUCGUCAGAGCCAAGUCCACCUUUACGCCAUCUGUGUCAAAACCGCCAAACGGCGUCGCUGGAGGUUUGUUUUCACAUCACAAUGGACACUUUCACCCCAAAGUGCGUGCGAAAAGCCACUCCUUGGAGUCCCUGCAGAGGAGGACUGAGGCCGUGUGCUCCUCCACCUCCAACACCACCACCUGCACCUCCUCAGAGUCCGGAGCCUCGUCGUACAGCUGGGAAGGGCCGCGGGAGCGCUCGGCCAAAGUGCCCAACCCUCGGGCUCGAACCUUGGCCACGUUCAACUCUCUGAUGGGCCGCAGCCUCAGCUUGGGGGACCUGAGUCACUCGCCGCAAACCACGCAGAAGGUGGAGCGCAUCGUGAAGGAGGUGAAGCGGCGGGGGCUGAACGCAGUGUCCGAGCGCGACCGGAAGAUCGCCGCGCUGAUGCUGGCCCGCUACCAGGAGGAGGACAUCCUGAGCCAGACCCGCUACGUCGCCCACCUGCAGUGGGACAGCGAGCGGCGGAUAGAAGAGCUCCGCCGGGAGCAGGAUGAGCGCAACAAGCAACGGGCGAUGCAGGAGGGGCAGAGGCUGUGGCAGACGCAGGUGUCCACGCGGCAGCGGCGGCUCAGCCGGGAGGAGCGUCGGUCGGCCGCCGCCAAGAUGCGGCAAGCCGAGGAGAGCGAGAAGCAGUGGCGAGAGCUGGCGGAGCGGCAGGAGCGGCACCGCCUGCGUAGGUUGCAGCAGGCGGCGCGCGAAGAGAAGCACAAGAAAUCUCUUCAGGAGCAGAACCUUAAGGCCCUGGAGGAGGAACGAGCGGCCAUGUUAGAGCAGGAGCGCUUGUUACUAAAGGAGAAGCUCACCAUGGCCGAGCUCAAGCGGCAGGAGAAGGAGCACCAGUCCCAGGAGGAGCGGCGGGGCCUGAACAAGGCCGAGCGGCGGCGCCACGCCGCCCUCAUCCAGGAGAUCACCCGGCGUGAGCAAGAAGAGUGCGAGGAGGCCAAGCGGGCGACGCAGAAGAAGCUCAACCGCUCCCUUGAGAACUACGAGCACAUUGUGGAGCGACGAGGUCAGGAGCUGCGGGAGAAGGCCAAGCGCGAGGGGGAGCAGAUCCAGCGAGCCCGCCGAGCCGCCGAGACCCGCGAGCGCCAGCUGCAGAUGCAGCUAGAGGCUCGCGCCCGAGAGGCGGACAAGCGGGCCCGGCAGGCGGCGCUGGUGGCCGAGGAACGCGCCAAGGAGAAGGCCCAGCGCGCCGUGCAGAACCGGCGGGAGAAAGAACGGCUCCAGCGCCUCAACCGCCAACGCGUGGAGGAGGAGGAGCGACAGCGGCAGCGAGAGCUGCUGCAAUCCAUCGAGCGCAAGCUGGAGAAGAGCGAGCAGAUCUUCAAGGAGAAGCGCGCCGUGUUGGAGAGCGCUCGCUCGGUGGCACGCGCCUCCUUCCACGUGCGAGACAAAGUGCGUGAGGAGACCAACGGCCGCACCUUUGACAAGAUGGCGCUGGAGGCUCAGCUCCAAGCCGGCCUGGAUGACAAAUAGGACCGGCUUCUUCAUUGUCCCCCUAGAAAAUCCUUUUUUGUUGUGACGUAUUAUUCGAAACCACAUCCAUCCCACUUUUGUACCUCCAUGUCGGCGAACGUGGCUCUUAAAAGACAACUCCCUCAGGCAGCAGCACAACCCAAUGAAAGGAGGAAUUCUUCCGGAAAAUAAACAACGGGAUGACGACGAAUCACCAGACAUCCGCAUCUUCACCUCGUACGCUCUGUCGGCCAUGCGUAAGCUAAGAGCUUCAAGUCCAUGAGAUGAUGAACCGAGCCGUCCUGGGGAAAAGAAGAACGCUCAUCAAAUUGCACAAUGCCCAAAGAAACAUGAUUCUACAUUUUUUUGGGGGGGGGGUGCUGUACGAGAUUCAGACUUUAUUAACAUCAAGGCCGU